CGGAAAUGUGAGAAGAAUAAGCAUUCCGAUGGCCACGUUCCUGAUCACAACAUAAGGAUAGCCAAUGAAGCGCCCAUGCAGGACCGCAGGGGUAUCUCUAUAAACAAUCGCAUGGCCCGAGCGAAUCGGAUGAAGCGGCUUCCGGGAGCAGAGGGCUCAUCUCGCCUACAUUUGAAAUGACCAGCGCCGGGAUCGUCGACGGCUUGUUGUUCUAGAAACGGGCUGAGGAAUCCGGAGCUGGGACAUUGCUCAUGGUUUGGCUUGUGGGCGUGGUGUAAGUCGGCACGUUGCUGAACGAUUGGUCAAUAGACCCUUGGCAGUCCUUUGCAACUUUGAGCCAACUGGCCUCGGCACGGAGGAGAUGGACGAGCAAGGGUACAAUUGAGUUUGAUAUCCUUGCCGAGCCUAUGGAUGAAUGACACAAAGUCCGGGGCACGGCCCGCAGCCUGGCUUGCUCGACACGAUCCCUGUCGUCCUGCAUAUGUGAGCCUGAUUACAUCCAGGUGUGGCAUCAGCCACUCCGAAGAGACGAUGACGGUCAGGAGAUAUCCCUGCCGAGGUUGCGACGGCACAGUUGUGGGCAAUCUGCUACCUCGUGGCAGGAUGAAACGCUACCGUGGCAUGGUCAGAAGUGUUGUUGCAGGAGCGGUGUUGGUCGCUGAUGCCAUCGCCACACGAAGGACGACAACACCGCAACCGAGCAGCAGCCGCGAUUGCACGCAAGCGGAUAGCCUUGUGCGUCUGACAGCACCGUCGUGCCCAAGCGUCUUUGCGGACUGCGUUCCACACGAACCAAAGUCUAUGCCUCGUGCGCCGCAGCUCGCGCUUUGCCAUGGUAAGUAUCGACUCGGUUCGAGGUUGCGCAAUCUCUGGCUGGAUCAAACCACGGACGGCUCGUUGACGGACUGCAUGUGUGAUCCGACUCCCUAGUCUCUGAGAAACAGGCCGGCCGGUCGCGGACGCUGGCAGCACGUGCGUGUUGCCAUUACGCAAUCAGGAUCAUGGACUUGAAGUGGAGGGUGGCGAUGGCGCUGACUGGAGC